AUGACCGAAAGGACCUUUGGAGACACUCCGAACAGUCAACAAGCCCCGAGUCGACACCAACUUGUUCUUGAAACCUUGCAACCCUUGCAAAAAGCAGGGACUGGGAACGAUUUCAUGAAGGCAUGGGCGCAGAUCGUCAAAUCUCAUCGUGUUGCACAUACUGGGGGCUUCCAGCCCGGUGAUCCUACCUUCGGCAAUAUCUUCUACAGCCCUCAGAACCGAUCUGGUAUCUUCGCCGACUUCGACCAUUUCAGCUCUAGCGUGGCGAGAGCCGAGCUCACCCCUUGGACCAAAACGCGCAUCGAGCGCGUCGGCGCGACGACGUUCAUGGCCAUCCGCACGAUGCUCAGGCCGUGUCGAGAAGGAAAGGUUCCGAGAUACUACUACCAGGAAAUCGAGGCGUUUAUCUGGGUCCUGGCAUUUUACUUACUGUUCUACUCUGACAACAAGAUCUCGUCAACGGAGCUGGACAAGGAGGACUGGAUGGUCUCCGACUAUAACAGCCGCUCACUGACGAAGAGCGACUUCAAGUGCCACGACAUGUCCUCGGCCGUCGAUGUUGGAGAUGAUUUCAAGGAGAUAUGGGAGUUUGCGAAAGGACUUUUGUCGUGGACUUGCGGGCUUCGCAAUCGGAUAUCGAGUUGUAGAUGCGGAAAUGGAAAGAUGCACGGAGCGAAGGAUGCGUGGCUGCUUCUCAUAGAAGAAGUCGAAUCUCUUAUUGACCAAAACGAUGGGAAGACUCUUCAGUUUGUUCGCGACAUCCUGCAUGAGGCAGACGGUGUCCCUCUAGCUCUCUGA